AUGGCUGUUACUGAUCUCGCAACAGGAGCUAUAACUAUGCCAAUGUCUGCCAUAGUCGAUGUUCUAAUGCUUACCCAGGUUUCAGUGGAGCAUGUGUGCACGUUCGAUUCAGUUGUAAACAAAUGCUUGAUGUUCUUGAUCUCCAGUUCUUCGUUAUAUCACUUAACAGCCAUUGCUUGGGAGAGAUACAUGGCCAUAAAAUGUUCGACGGAUUACAGAAACAAAGUAACCAAACGUCUCCUUAAAAUACUCGGAGCCACUGCUUGGCUGUUGGCAAUCCUCAAACAGAUUCCAACCGUUGCGAUGAUCAUCAUUGGUGUGGACCGAAAAAUUGUUGAUCAAUGGCUUGCACUUGAAAUCAUUCUGGUUGUAACUUGUUUGUUCGCCAUCGCAUAUUUUUACAUCAUGGUGUUCCUCGGACUUCGGAAGCGAAAGCAAAACCAAACUAGCCAGGUUACUAGCAUGAUAAAAGCAAAACUCGAAUCUAAAGUUGCUAAGACAACUCGUUUAUUAACAGCUGGACUUCUGAUUUCGUUUGUUCCUUCAAUCGUCAUUGCCACGUUGGGUAACUUUUUCCCCGUUUUUCGCAUGAACUCCACAUUCCGGCUAUCAGAGGUUUUCGUGCAGUUCAAUUCUAUAUUAACUCCUGUCUUGUACUUCUACAGUGAUCGUCGUUUUCGAAACGCCGUUCAAGGGUUGUUGGGGAUGAAAACAUCAAGGAAUAACCAGCAAUCCAUUGAUGCCGCACAAUCCUCUAACAAAAACGACUCCAGCACUGCAUCCAAAGAGCUACCAGGACGCAACGGGAAAACAAUUAGCUCGAUACAGAAAACAUUCUCCUCCACUGACAUCGCCGGAAAAGUUGACGAGGGACCUAAAGCGGCUCUUGGAAGAUCCAUCUCUGAUCUAACGCUUUAUCAGUGUCCUCGUGAUUCAGUUGUUUCAUGCGGUACCCCGCCGGACGAACCUUCGUGA